AUGUUGUACGAUGGAUCUAUAUCUAUUGCCCCGGAUCCAAUGCAGUUUGAUACAAAUGCAAUUAUUACCACAACGCCGACGUCCACUUCAUCACCGGAGUCUCUGCAGGUGGAUAUUGUGGACCUUGUCCUUGCGGCUAUUCAGAACUGCCGCUGCGACAACCCCACAUACGCGGGAAGUAGAGAAGUGAACGCAGUAGACUUCAACAGUGGCGGCGGAGGAAGUGUAAGGAGAAGAGGCACAGAGGGAGAAAAACUGGAGAUGAAGCGAGGGACGGAGGGUGGUAAGGCUGGUAAAGAAAACGACUAUGAGGAGACGCAAAGUGGUACACGUGGGGCUUCCAGGCAGGCGUUGACGUUUGCCCUUAUGCUGUGCCGACGAACAUCACGUCGGAAGCGCGGCAGUGUACGUGACAAACGACAAGCGCUGAGUAAAGGUAAACAACCACCGAUGGAGUCCUUCGUAUGUGUGUACUCCAUCGCCAACCCAAUGGAGAAUGCGUCUUCACCAUUAUCAACGACAAUAGCACCGACAGGGCCACGUGGUUACGACUCGUUGAACCCGUAUGAGUCGACCAAUUCGAAUUUUUACCGUGAUAGGUAUGGCGAGUACUCUUUAUCCAAGAUGGAGGAACUGCAAAGCUUUUCCAGACAACGGCCGCGGGGACCACCUAAAUCAGAGCACCUCACUGCUUCCAUUGAGGACAUGCGGGGAACCCAUGGCGCAACGAUGCCGGUGACGCUGCAGUACGUACGUAUUGGAAAUGAUCUCUAUGCCGUCACCGAGGUUUCAGACCGUACGUUUGUGCAGUACAGAGAAGAGCGGGUUCUGCUGGGUCGCGGCGGCGUCGAUGAGCCUUAUCCUGGUGUCUCUGGAGCCGCAACUGAGGGAACGACUGCGGCCAAGAGAGCUAGGCGGCUGUCGUCGUACUCCAUAGGUGCCGCAUCCUACUCGCUCGCAUCGUCGCCGCAAAUGGGUGUGCGUCAUCAGCUGGUACGCAUGUGUUGGUUAUGCCUGCGCACCGAGGCCAAUAUUAUUAUCUUGCCAUGUGCGCAUUUUCUUCUUUGCCGCGCCUGCGCGGACACUUUGUCCCACUGCUGCAUUUGUCAUCGUCUCAUUCAUGCCACCAUUGAACUACAUGACGACACCACAGGCGAGACCGAGGUGUGA